UUUAACCAAUCAACAUCUUUCUUCUAGUCCAUAUCAAAAUAAUUACAAAAAUUCCCGCGAAACUCGGUGAGCGAAUGUCAAUAAAAAUGCAAUAAUUUCGUAUUGAAAGUACAGGAAAUGUAUUACAGCAUUGAUCGAUAACAGCUAAACAGAAAUCUACUUCAAGUCAAGCAAUCUAAAAACCAUGCUUAUCUCAGAUCUUCGCAAAGAGUUUUAUGAUGUAGUACUACAUAAGCAUGUGCUGGUGAUGGUAGCAUUUGAUGUGGAUGCUCUAUGCGCCUGCAAGAUUCUUUUAUCGUUAUUCCAGUGUGAUAGCGUCCAUUACACAUUGGUCCCGGUCAGUGGUCAGCAAGAUCUGGAAAGAGUCUUCCUGGAACAUUCAGAACAGAUCAAGCAUGUGGUCCUGAUCAACUGUGGGGCAAACAUCAGUCUUCUGGAUGUACUGCAACCAGAGGAAGAUGUCACAUUCUUUGUCUGUGACAGUCACAGACCCAUUGAUCUGGUCAAUGUUUACAAUGACACUCAGAUCAAGCUUUUACUUACUGAUUCAGAAGAGUUGACGAUACCAGCUUAUGAAGAUGUAUUUAAUGAUGAGGAGAGUGACUCAGAUGAUUCUGACAACGAGAGUGUCACCUCACAACCAGACAAGAGGAGGAGACUUGACGAAGAAAGUAUAGUACGGAAGUUAGAAAGGAAACGAACCAGGAGAUUAUGGGAAGAAAACCGUCAAAAAGUUGUUUUUCAAUAUGAAGAGUUUUCAUUUUAUUCCACAUCAGCAGCCUAUGUCAUUUAUCAGCUUGCCUGGAAAUUGUCCAAGGAUUCUAAUGACUUACUGUGGUGGUCAAUAAUAGGUCUUACAGAUCAACUGUUAUCGAAGAAGGUAGACAGGGAUAAGUAUUUCUUAGAUGCAUCUGAUUUGAAUCGACAUGUAUCGCGGCACAACCACCUGGGACAGGAGGAUGAUGCAGCCGUUCAGUCAGUCAAUGCCAUGAAAAUCACUUUCAAUCCAGAACUUCAACUAGCCCUGUAUCGUCAUUGGUCGCUCUUUGAUAGCAUAUGUCACUCAUCCUACACAGCUUGCAAUUUGCGAUUAUGGACUGUGAGAGGAUUCAAGAAGCUGCAUGAGUUUCUUGCAGACAUGGGAAUGCCCCUUACACAAUGUAAACAGAAGUUCACAGCAAUGGACAUAACAUACAGAGAAACAUUCUGUGAUUCCUUGCAGACAUCUGGCAAGAAAUAUGGAUUGGAUCAAAUCACUGUUCCUUCUUUUUAUGCUCAGUUUGGUUACAAAAAUAAGUUUUGUGCUUUUGAUGCAGUCCAUGCUACAUCUGCUUUAUUGGAAUCAAUAGAGAAAGAUAAGAAUGGUGAGGAGAACUUCUUGGAAGCACUAGAUGCACUGUCAAGGGUGCAUCUGGACAAGCUUCAGCAUGGCCUGGAACUGAGUAAGCGACAACACAAGGCCAUCGUCAGCCAAAUUCAAACCUUACUGGACAUGAACCAUGUGGUCUCAGCUGGACCCUUCCUGUAUGCCUACAUCCAAGAAGGAACGCCUGAUGUCAGGUUCUUCUCUAAGGCUAACUGCCUUGCACUGUUAGCACGGUUCACGCUUGAGGCCUUCGUAAAAAUGUCUAAAAGUAAGAAAGUGAAAAAUCUGCCAUUGGUGAUGGUUGCGCCUUUAGAUACAGAACAAGGGACAUCAUUGGUCGUUGGUGUACCCCCACUGAUGGAAUUGGAAAACUCUCCUAGAAGUUUGUUUGGGCGUGCAUUUGAGCAGACAGCGGAGAAGACAGGUUCUCGUGUUCUGCAUGAUAGUUUUGACCCUUCAAUUUUUGCACUGAAAACAGAAGAUAGAAGCAAGUUCUUUGAUGCCCUUGUUUCAUUACUCUCCUGAGACUUUUAUGGGGGAACAUACCAUCCUGGAGGAACAUACUAUCCUGUACCAACAGUCAAGUCUGUAAAUAGACGACAAACAUUUUAAGAGAAUAAUGCUUCCAUUAGCUACUUUAAAAAAUAUUGCUAUACAUUAAAAUACAUUUAACAAUGCCUGAAAAUAAA